GUGUCGACACCCGGUUUGCGUCGACCAAUGUCUGCUUGGGAGCGGAUGAUGGUAGACCGAGCUAGGGAGCAAAUGAGUCGGCAGCGUCGGCCUCCAAUAAACGGUUCUUCGGCCAUUGUCGAAGCCGUAUUAAACGAGGACAUCAUUCGGUUUUGCGGAGAAAAUGUUCUAGUAUUUUCUUCGCUUGAGCGGUUACCACUCAAAGUCACCGACUAUGAUCCCAACAAAGUAACGAGCAAGUUCGACUUACCAAAACGACAAGAAGAGAAAAGUCUGCUAAUUGAUGCAUCGAAAGCUGCUCCGAACAUGAAGAGUCGCCUUCGUUCGCCAUCAACAGAUAUGAGAUCUCGCUCAAAAAACGGACUCGCCCGCAACGCGCUUGCCAAAUCCAUCAAUCCCACUCCUUCCGCAGUGCUAUAUCCAAAAGCUCGCGGUCUUGUCGGCAAGUAG